UAUUUAUUUAAUAAAUAAAUUCUGUUGAUCAGUAAAAAUGACACAUUGACAUAAUUAUAUUAAAAUUCAAUUUUGUGAAAGUAGCUACGUGUAAAAAUUUUGUAGUUUUGAAAAUGAACGUUUUUGGUCGGGCAAAGAAAUGUUUUGAUUUAAAUUAUGUGCAGUAUCAAAAUCAGAGGCACAAAUCUAAAAUAUCAUGUGAUCCGCCUGAGGUUCAGCAAAGACUAGAUCUCCAUCCUAAAGUGCCACAACACAUUACACUAAUACCAACAGUUACUACAAAGAAGAAUGUUUUUGAAUGGAAAAGGGGUUUCGAUAAAUUAGAUAAAAAGGGACAUAACUUGGCUUAUGAUUUUUCUGACAUCAAGUCUUCAACGCUUUCUGAACGGGCCGCCAUUAAAGAAGCUACUCGUUGUUUAAAGUGUGCUGAUGCUCCAUGUCAAAAAUCGUGUCCAACUCAGGUCGACAUUAAAUCGUUUAUUGGCAGUAUUGCGAAUAAGAAUUAUUAUGGUGCGGCAAAAACAAUUUUUUCGGACAGUCCAUUUGGCACAUCUUGCGGUAUGAUUUGUCCAAGCUGCAGUUUGUGUGCGGGCAGUUGUAAUCUGGACGCAACCGAAGAAGGUCCAAUUAAAAUACGUGGCCUAGAACACUUUGCCACUGAAGUGUUUAGCAAAAUGGGCAUCCAACAAACGAUCGAUCCUUGUAUCCCAGUGCCAGAUAAACCAGACAGGCAAAUUUGCAUUGUUGGAGGCGGACCUUCCUCAUUAACUUGUGCCACAUAUCUGGCUCGAUUGGGAUACACUAACAUCCAUGUAUACGAGAAGGAAGAAUUCCUGGGAGGCUUAUGCGCAUCCGAGAUUCCUCAUUUUAGGCUAUCAAUGAGUGCAGUGAACUUUGAGAUAUCAAUGGUGCGAGACCUCGGCGUGCAGGUCCAUUGCAAUUGCCCGCUUCACACUGAAGGCAUCACCAUUGAGAAAUUGCUUUCGGAAGGUGCUUGUGCUAUUUAUUUAGCGAUUGGACUUCCACAACCCCGUCUAUUGCCAAUGUUUAAAGGCCUCACGGCAAAUAUGGGCUUUUACACUUCGAAAAGUUUUAUGCCACUCGCUACCAAGGCAAGCAAAUGGGGUCUGUGUGGGAAAAAAGCAAUGGCUAAAAAUAUACCACGGCUUCAUGGCACUGUAGUUGUACUAGGUGGUGGUGACACUGCUUUCCAUUGUGCCACGACCGCUUUGCGCUGCGGCGCAAAAAAAGUUUUCGUUGCAUUUCGGGAUCAAAUGUGUAAUUUACACGCUGUACCAGAAGAAGUUGCAAUGGCCGUGGAAGAAAAAUGUGAGCUUAUUGGCUUUGCUAGUCCACAUAAGGUGCAUCUAGAAAAUGGAAAAAUGAGCUCCAUAACGUUUGCUCGCAGUACACAACAAGAUGAUGGAAAAUGGAUCAUUGACGAUAAGCAAUUAACUACUAUUCCAGCCGAUUUUGUAAUUACUGCGUACGGUUCUUGGCUGGAAGAUGAAAAUAUGAUCAAAGCCUUAAAUCCGCUUAAGCUUGACAAAGGGAACAGACCUGUGGUUGAUCCAAACACAUUACAAACAUCUGUGGAGAAUGUGUUUUCCGGCGGUGACGUAACUGGACUCUCCGGGACAGUGGUGGACGCAAUCAAUGAUGGAAAAGCUGCUGCUUGGCAUAUUCAUUGUUUACUUCAGGAAUUGCCAUUUGAAACUAAAUGCAAAUUGCCACGUUUUCACACGAACAUCGAUGAAGUCGAUAUUUCCGUUGAAUUGUGUGGCUUGAAGUUUGAAAAUCCGUUUGGUUUAGCGUCUUCUCCAUCGUCGAACUCCGCGCCAAUGAUACGCCGUGCAUUCGAACAAGGCUGGAGUUUUGCUGUGACAAAAACCUUUACAUCAAAUCCACAUUCUGCUUGGAAUCCUCAAAUUGAGCGCACAGAAAGAUCUGGUUAUAACUUGGGACCGCAUCAGAAGGCUUUCUUUAAUGUGCAAGUUUCGUCCGAUAAAUCCGUAGAUUAUUGGUGUGAAGCUUUAGUAGAACUAAAAAAAGAUUUCCCUGAAAAAAUUAUUAUUGCAAGCAUUAGCUGCCCACACGCAGUCGAAGACUGGACAGAGCUUUCUAAGAAAGUCGAAGCGUCUUGUGCAGAUGCUCUAGAAUUAAACAUGUCGUGGGUAGAAUGUGAAACUGACUCGGGCAAGCCUUCAAUUAUUGGUGAAAAUCCAGAAUACGUCCAGGAAAUAGUUUCAUGGGUUCGAAAAUCCGUGAAAAUUCCAAUAUUUGUCAAAUUAACUCCAAAUGUUACUAACAUUGAACAAUUUGCAAUUGCUGCUAAAAACGGUGGCGCGGAUGGCGUAACUGUAAUGAACACAUUAAUGGGAAUGAUAGAUAUGAAGCCAGAAGGUCAAACGAAAAAUGCGCAGACUGAACUUCGUUGUUCGACGAUUUUUGGUGGCUUGAGCGGUAGCUCUAUGCGCCCUAUAGCAUUAGCAGCCGUAGCCUCAAUAUCUAAGGCAGUUCCUAAUUUUCCAAUUUUGGGCACUGGUGGUGUGGAAUCUGCUCAGACUGCUUUGCAAUUCAUCCGAGCAGGUGCAACCCUGGUUCAAGUAAGUGGUGCUAUUCAUAACCAAGACUACACCAUCAUCGAAGACUUUUGCACUGGAUUAAAAGCAUUGCUUUAUCUCAGCGUUCGCUUGCCGGAUUGGCAUGGUCAAAGCCCUCCACAAUUUAAGCAACAGAAAGGCAAAAAAGUGCACACGCUGUGUAACAAUGCCGGGGAAUUCAUUCCUCACUUUGGGCUUUAUCAAAAGGAACGUGAGAAGCAAAUGACGGAGUUACAUGUUAAUUCAGCUGGGGAAUUAUUGUCAGCAGAUCACACCACUGUUCCAGAUCCACCUCCUCUUACUAAGGACCUCCAGAUUCCCAAAAUAAACGAUAUAAUUGGAAGCGGCUUGAAAGAAGUGCUGCCACACAGUGAAAUUGAGAAGCGGGAACAAUUAGUUGCCCUUGUUGAUAACGACAUUUGUAUUAAUUGUGGGAAAUGCUACAUGGCUUGCAAUGACUCUGGAUAUCAAGCUAUUGAGUUCGAUAAGAAAACACACCUUCCAACUAUUACAGAUAAUUGUGUUGGUUGUGGAAUGUGUAGAUCUGUGUGUCCAAUCAUUGAUUGUAUCAAGUGCAAAAACCAUGAACUCUGUAUAUUUUUGUUUUUACGUUCAUCAAAUAUUUAUGCUACUGAAUUAAUCUGAUGUUUUAAAGUUGGAGAUGUUCUAUACAUAUCAGCCGGCACGCUAGGUUUGAAAUUGUCAUAAUUGUGUUGAUGAUUAAUUAAGGCGCAACAUUAGUAGUCAGUAAAUAGAACAGG